ACCGUCAGUGUAUAGGAAUAAAACAAGAGAGAAGAUAUUGGUUUCCAUCCAAAAACAGAAGAAAGUUUGUCCUCUCUCUUUCUCUGUUUUAUUAUCUACUCACUCGCAACAAAGAAGAAAGAAAGUGUUUAUAGAUCUAUCUAUUUAUCUAUCUAUCUCACACACUUUCACUUUUCUCUUUUUUUCCUAAUUCUUCUUCUUCUUCUACUUCCAAAUAAUACUAAUUCACAACACAAACCCUCUCUCUUUUUUCUUCUUCAUAUUCUUCUUUUAGGUUUUUGAGAAUAACAAUUUCAACAAUGGAUCUUAAUAACGUUAUUGUUGAUGAUGACGACGGAGGAGAAGGAGGAGGAGGAGGAGGAGAUCACACACGCGCCAACUCCUUCGAUUCCGUUCCUUGUUCAAUUUGUCUCGAAAUUGUUUCCGAUCAUGCUCUUAGAUCCUUCGCUAAGCUUCAAUGCGGUCAUCAAUUUCAUCUCGAUUGUAUUGGUUCGGCUUUCAAUAUAAAAGGGGCAAUGCAAUGUCCUAAUUGUCGGAAGAUUGAGAAAGGUCAGUGGCUUUAUGCUAAUGGCAGUCGAUCAUAUCCUGAAUUCAAUAUGGAUGAUUGGACACGUGAUGAGGAUGUAUAUGAUCUUAGCUAUUCUGAAAUGUCCCUGGGAGUUCAUUGGUGCCCCUUUGGUAACUUUACCCAACUUCCUUCUUCAUUCGAAGAACGAGAAUAUUCACCAACUCCAUAUCAUGAUGCGAUGGGACCACAUGCUAUGUUUACCGAGCAUUCAGCUUUGUCUUCUGGUAGUCAUCCCUGUCCAUAUAUUGCUUACGUUGGACCGUUACAUCCUUCCACCUCCAACUCUGGUGGAACUGUUUCAGAAGUUUCUAAUUUCAAUCAUUGGAAUGGUGGUCCACCUAUACAUGGUGACAUGUCAACCUCCUACACAAUUCCUGCAGUGGUUCUUCAUUAUCACAGUUGGGAUCACCCUUCCUCCCAUUUCUCCUCUGGCAGCAGCCAUCUCGGUGCUGCUGAUCAGCCCUCAAUAUCACAAAGUAAUCAGAGGCCAACAAGGGGUGGUUCGGAGGCCCCUAGAUCUGGAUCUUAUAUGCAUCCCUUCCCUGUUGGACACAGUUCUGUUGCUAGAGCCGGGAACUCCACUGCAUCUUCCAUGAUUCCUCCUUAUCCGGGCAGCAAUGCUCGUGCUCGUGAUAGAGUCCAGGCGCUUCAAGCAUACUAUCAACAACAGCAACCUCCGAAUUCUACCACAGUACGGGCACCUGUAGCUUCAAGCACUCGGAGAUCCAGCGGUCACAGUGGGCCAGCUCCAUUAGCACCAUUGGCCUCGCCACCAGACCAAAGUGGUAGCUACGUUUAUGUCCCAGGACGCAGUUUUCAAGAAGAAACCCGUCUUCCAAGUCACUUCCAUACAUGGGAAAGAGAUCACUUGCCUUCAUCGUCGUUAAACCAUGUUGGUAGAGACUCAAAUUGGAGACCACACCACCAGACUACCAGCGGGUCAGACCCAGGUUUAAGAUCUUCUAGCUUUCGAUUAAGGAGUGAUUCAGAGAGAACACAUUCACAAAAUCGGUGAUACACUUGUUUAUAUCAAACUACCAUUAUUAUGGUAAAUUAAAAUUUAUGUAUGCUUAAAAAAUGUUACAUAAUGCUUUGGCCUGGCUGGCGUGUUCUUAGACUCUAUAUAUACUCUAGCUGGCCUUGGAAUUGAUCCUUCUGGCAGCUAUGAGGCAUUGUGAAUGGACACUGACUUCCUCUGGUUUCGUUGCUUUGGAGGACAUAAAAUAAGAUGUUAUCUACUUGGAAUAUCAGAUUUUGUAAAAAAAAUACCGAGGCAUUGUCCUCAAGUGAUAAAUCAAGUCGAUGAGUGCACUAA